AUGGUGGUUCGCCCCUCACACCCCAAUGAUAGAGCGGAUGAUGAAAACUCACCAGAUGAGGUUGAAAAUGACGAUAAGUUAGAGGGUGACAAUGAAGAUCAUGGCAAUAUAACUGGUGAAAAUGAAGAUGACAGCAUCAAAAGUGAUGACAAUGAAGAUAAUGGCAAUAUACCUGAUGAUGGUGAAGAUGACGUCACCCAAUCUGAUGAAAAUAAAGAUGAUAGCAACAUGCCUGCUGACAAUGAAGAGGAAAGCCACAUGCCUGCUGACAAUGAAGAGGAAAGCAACAUGCCUGAUGAUAAUGAAGAUGGUGGUAUAAUAUCUGACAAUAAUGAAGAUAACGACAACAUACCUGAAAACAAUGAGCAUGAUGGCAACAUAUCUGACACUACUAAAGACUACGGUUAUAUAUCUGACAAUACUGAAGAUGACAGCAAUACAACUGAUUAUGAUGAAAGUGAUGACGACUUACCGGAUGCUGAUGAAUCUGAAGACGUCACAAUGGAUGACAAUGAAGGUACUGAUAGCUCUGCGGAGGAUAAUGAAAGUGAAGAUAAUUUACCAGAUAGUAAUGAAGAAGAUGAUAAUUUACCAGAUGAUGAUGAACCAAACUAUAACAAACCAAAUCUGCCCAGUGAUAAUGGUAAAGACGACAGCCCAGGAGGUGACAAACGUGAAAAAUAUGAUAAAUAA